GAGCAGACUCCUUCGGAGAAGAAGAGCGAGUGACAGAGGAUGGUGCGAGAGGAGGUGGCGGAAGAAACCCUCCGCAUGAAGAGGAUGAGAGAAAAACCGGAGGCGGUGAUGGGCGGGGAUGGAGGUGGCAGCGGAGAAUGUGCCUCGGGAAAAAGGCCGACAAAGGAAGAGGGUGGGACGGCAAGUAAGAAAGCGAGGAGGCCCGGCGGUUUGACCAUCCGCGAAGGACAAGCCACGGGUGGAGGAAGUUCGGCUGAUCCAGGCGCUGCGGCCUCGACAGAACCUUCGGGGAAAUCGAAACAGAAAGUGACAGCUGAAGAAGGCGAUGGCGAGAAGAAAACUCGAACGCGGAAGACUGCUGAGGCGGCGAGCGGUGGCGAAGGGCCUGUCGGUAAGGAGUACGACGAAGCGGCAACGUUCUGGCUCGAAUACGAGUGGAACGAUGUCGGUGAUAUCGUGGAGAAGGAGCUCCCCGUCCAACUGCUCAUCGACCCCAGGAAGGUCUGCGAGAUCACGGCUUGGGAAAGAUAUUACAACCACCGCAGUCUAAGUCGCGAAACUGUGGACGACAUCAAGGGUACGAUGCUGAGUCAAUUUCGCGAGAAAAAGGGAAAAAUCUGGACGAAAAACCCUCUGGUUUUUGCACCCAUCUACAAGCCGGUGACGCGUAGGCCGGAGAAAGCUGACAGGGUUCACAAAGAUGUCUUCAAGCCAGAGGACACGGACAAGUACUACUAUUACCCUGUUAACGGACAACACACCGUGGCUGCUGUGAAGGAGUUGGAGGGUGAGCCAAUAUUCAAUUUGUGGAAGAUGCACUCGUGGCCGGCGAGAGUAGUGUGGUUCUCCGACCGAGAUUUCGCGGGGUAUAGGCAGGUCAGUCUCAACGAGAACACGAGACACAACAUGUCUAAGCAGCGAUCGCAGAAGGCCGCGUUCUUGGACAUGCGGGAGGCAUGGGAGAAUGAAGGAAGACUGCCUGGUCCAACCGACCUCGAAUACAGUCGACGGAGAAACCUGGUGUUCGCUGUGCUCAAUGGGUACCACAGUGCACCUAGGGAGUCUGUCUCGCACUUCCUGAGAAGGCUGGAGCACGUUUACUUCACGCUGGCCGAACCGCUCACUCUCGAAAACUACAAGUCACAAUUUGACGAGGAGAACCCUUUCGACGUUGACGAUAUGGAGGAGCUGAGCGACUCCGAAACCUUCGAUUUCGAGUCCAUGCCACUUCCUUGGGUGGUUGGACUGGUUGGUGAUGAAGAGGAAGGUGGCCCUCGGAGAUAUAGCACGUCCCCUGCCAGUUUGAAGCGUGUGUUUCGGGGCGAACCAGUCGACGACCAAUCGUCUGAUGACGGGGAGGAAGAGAGAGACUAUGAUCACGAACCUUGUGACAGGCUCCCUGUGGACCAUGACACCUGGCAGAAUGACAGACUCUACUUCUUCGGCAAGCAUCACCGGUUCACGUCGGAGGAUGUCUGGGGACGCAACGUCGUCUGGCACCCGAGGAUAUUCCAACCUGCUGUGAGGAAUGGAAUAUGGGUCAUGGCAAUAAAGGAGGCCGAUGGCAAGUGGAGCGGACUGAAGAGACUGGGAGCGGGUGCAUUUAAGAGAAAGGCAAGAACUGCUCUGGUGGAGCAUUUGAGUCUCAUGAACCCCGAGAGGAACGAUCAGGACGUCGAUGCGUAUGCAGAACAAAAGCUAAAUGACUUGUACGCCACCAACAUGUUGGAGUUUCGAGCGCCUUUCUACGCACUCGAAACGGCACCGUCUCGUGGCAUUGACUGGCGCAUGCCGCAACCUCCACCGACCGGUCAGAAUCCGGGAGGGGGUGGUGGAGGAGACGAAGGAGACGGCGGAGGUGGCGGAGGAGACGGCUCACAGUUUGCCGGAAAGGGGACGGGCGAGACAUCGUCGGUUGAGAAGGCGUCCGGCGGAAAGGGGUCGGGCGGGAAGGGGUCGGGCGGGAAGGGGUUGGGCGGGAAGGGGUCAGGCGGGAAGGGGUCGGGCGGAAAGUGUAGAACGUCCGGGAGUCCCCAGUAUAUGGAAACUGACCCCCAAUGCGUAGGGAGUCGAGAUUCCGACAUGCGAGACGAGGCCACCCUGACGUCUGAUCAAGUGAGAGUAGAUUCGCACUUGUCUGCGAGGAGUUUGUUUCCCGUUGCCCAGGAGAGUCCAUCCCGCCAUGCGCAGCAGAGGUCUCCUGUGCUCAACACCUUGCUCCUGAAAAAGGGCGCGUCUUCGUUUUGCCUGGAGGGCGGGAUGCCUGGAUUGCGAAGGAGGGAAGGUGUGACCUCCGGUUCCCUCGGCUCGGGCGACCGCCACAAACUCCGAAUACAUUCGGAUUUGCUGCCGUCGCCCUACGCCAUAAGUGCUCCUCACGCAACAGUUCUGCGGGGCCAAGAAAAUGUGACGUCCUGGCCCCCGCAUCUUCAGUUGGACACAAGGUUACCCUGCUCGCCUCCUUUCUCAUGUGUUCAGACUCGAGACUGGCGAUCUCGCGAUGUGCUGGAGGGGCCCGCUCCAGGAGUGUUGGAGAUCGGGGGUAGCGAGAACGAACGUCACACUCCUGGGGAAGACGAGCGCUCUCCGGGAACGUGUGUUGUACAUCAGGAAGAGGAGACUCAACGCUGGCAGUCUCGCAAAGUGUUGGAGACCGGGGGUAGUGAGUGUGAACGUCAUGCUUCAGAGGGUGCGUCCGUGGACACUGACAGUGAGAGUGCAGGAGCUCCGGGGGAAACGCAUGCUGUACAGCAGGGAGAGGAGACUCGACACGGGCCGACUCGUGAAGACGUGAAGUGGCUCAACGCACGAGCGCUGGUGAUCGGGAUGUUCGAAGAGGUUUUGCACAGUCGCUCGGCUGUGGUCACGACGCGAGAGGGUGUCGUUAAGGGAGGUAAGUGGACGUCCGUGCAAGCUCCCGUUCUUGGCGAUGAUGAAGACGAAGAAGAACCCGCGGUGGAAGCUCGGGUUCAUGGCGAUGAGAAAGACGGUGAGGUGACUGUCGACAUCCGGACGGAUCCACAGCGGAAAGAUGGUGAUUCUUUGCCCACCCAUUGCGGUGAAGAACAGGGUGGUCGAGCGUCUGUCCUGAGCACCGCUCGGGGAAUGGUGCUUCAUGAAGCCAUAAAGUUAGGUGACGACUCGGCAGCCACCGAGCUGGUUAGCGACUCAGGCGUGGCCGAGAUGCAGAACGUCGAAUCCUCCGUGGAAGGCGGUGAGGUGCUCGUCAACAUCAACAUGGAUCCAGAGCGGAAAGAUCAUGAUUCUCCGUCCACCCGUUGCGGUGCCGAACAGGGUGAUCGAGCAUCUGUCCUCAGUACCGGUCGGAAAAUGGUGCUUCAUGAACCCAUCGACUUGCCAAGUGACUCGGCUGCCACCGAGCUGGUUAGCGACACAGCCGUGGCCGAGAUCCAGAACCUCGAAUCGUCCGUGGACGUUGGCCUCGUGGCGCGACAGGAGGGCGAGUUCCCUCAAAGGGCUCCCGAGCACGGUAAGAUUUGUGAAUAGGACCACUCGCAUAUCUGUCACUGGCCAGCUCUGUGUUCGUCCAAAUUGAUCUCAUGGGCUAAUGUACCUGUUACCACUAG